AUGGAGGACUGGAUCAGCUCGCUGAAGUCCGUCCAGUCCCGAGAGCAUUACGAGACAGCACAGUUUAAUGUGGAACAUUUCUCAGGGAUGCACAACUGGUAUGCCUGCUCCCACGCACGGCCCACCUUCUGUAACGUCUGUAGGGACAGCCUCUCUGGCGUCACCUCCCACGGCCUGUCCUGCGAAGUGUGUAAAUUCAAAGCUCACAAGCGGUGUGCCGUCAGGGCCACCAACAACUGCAAAUGGACCACGCUGGCCUCCAUAGGCAAAGACAUCAUUGAGGACGAGGAUGGGAUCGCCAUGCCCCACCAAUGGCUGGAGGGAAACCUGCCUGUUAGUGCCAAGUGUGCUGUGUGUGACAAGACCUGUGGCAGCGUGCUCCGACUGCAGGACUGGCGCUGUCUCUGGUGCAAAGCCAUGGUACACACAGUGUGUAGGGACCUGUACCCCAGGAAAUGUCCCCUUGGCCAGUGUAAAGUCUCUGUCAUCCCUCCUACUGCCCUCAACAGUAUCGACUCUGAUGGCUUCUGGAAGGCCACCUGUCCCCCGUCCUGCGCCAGUCCUCUGCUGGUCUUUGUCAAUUCCAAGAGCGGAGACAACCAAGGGGUUAAAUUCCUCCGACGUUUCAAGCAGCUCCUCAACCCUGCUCAGGUGUUUGACUUGGUCAACGGAGGACCACAUCUAGGGCUGCGUCUCUUCCAGAAGUUCGAUAACUUCCGGAUCCUGGUGUGCGGAGGGGAUGGGAGUGUAGGCUGGGUCCUCUCUGAGAUAGACAAACUCAACCUCCACAAACAGUGCCAGCUGGGAGUUCUACCCCUGGGUACUGGGAAUGACCUGGCGCGGGUGCUGGGCUGGGGCCCGUCGUGUGAUGAUGACACGCAGCUGCCCCAGAUCCUGGAGAAACUGGAGCGGGCCAGCACCAAAAUGUUGGACCGCUGGAGCAUCAUGACCUACGAAAUUAAGAUCCUUUCCAAACACAGCGGGCCUGUCACGCCCGACGACACUGACCACGACCAGUUCCAGAUCUCAGCCUAUGAAGACUCGGUAGCUGCCAAUCUCACCAAGAUCCUCAACGCUGAACAAAGCUCUGUGGUCAUCUCCUCUGCUAAGAUCCUGUGUGAGACAGUAAAGGACUUUGUUGCCAAAGUGGGGAAGUCCUAUGAGAGAAGCACUGAGAAUACAGAGGAGUAGGAGGACAACAGGGACAGUGAAAAGGACGAGGACACCAAGGAACUAGAGACCCUGCCAUUGGCUAAGAGUCCUUGUUCCCCUCCUGAAAGGUGUGUGAGUCGCAGCAGCCAAUCAUGUGGCUCAUUCUCCAUCACACCCUUCACCACCAGCAAGGAGAACCUGCCUGUACUCAACACACGUAUCAUCUGCCCUGGUUUGCGUGCUGGUCUGGCAGCCUCUAUAGCUGGUAGCUCCAUCAUCAGUAAGAUGCUGCUGGCCAAUAUCGACCCAUUUGGAGCUACGCCCUUUCUGGACUCUGACCUGGACUCACUAGAGGGCUUUAGUGAGAAGUGUGUCAUGAACAACUACUUUGGCGUUGGGCUGGAUGCUAAGAUCACCUUGGAGUUCAACAACAAGAGGGAGGAACACCCAGAGAAGUGCAGGAGUCGUACUAAGAACAGGGUGUGGUAUGGGGUUCUAGGAACCAAGGAACUCCUCCAGAGAACCUACAAGAAUCUAGAACAGAAGGUUCAACUGGAGUGUGACGGUCAGUACAUCCCCCUGCCCAGCCUUCAGGGCAUUGCGGUGCUGAACAUCCCCAGCUAUGCAGGUGGAACCAACUUCUGGGGAGGAACCAAGGAGGACGACAUCUUCUGUGCCCCGUCGUUUGAUGAUAAAAUCCUGGAGGUGGUAGCAGUGUUUGGCAGUAUGCAGAUGGCUGUGUCCAGAGUCAUCAAAUUGCAACACCACCGCAUAGCACAGUGUCGCUCAGUGAAGAUCACUAUCCUGGGAGAUGAGGGUGUUCCUAUCCAAGUGGACGGAGAGGCCUGGGUACAACCUCCUGGAGUCAUUAAGAUCCAACACAAGAACAGAGCCCAGAUGUUGACCAGGGACAGGGCGUUUGAGAACACUCUGAAGUCGUGGGAGGACAAGCUGAAGUAUGACAAGCUGCCCCUGCGGUCUCACCUUUACUCCCAGCAGUCUGUGGACCUGGCCACUGAGGAGGAGGUGGCCCUCGUACAGCUGGUUGCCCGCGCUGCAGACGAUCUCAUCACCAGGAUCUGUGAGGCAGCCAAGACCAAUGGGCUUUUAGAGCAGGAGCUGGCUCACGCCGUCAACGCCUCAUCACACGCCAUCAACAAGACACACCCCAAGUUAGCUGAGAGUAUGGCCAGGAACACUGCUAUAGAAGUAGCCAGUAAUGUGAAGGCUUUACACAACGAGACUGAAUCCCUUCUGGUGGGACGAGUAUCACUGCAACUGGAACCCUCAGAUGAAGAGUCUUUAUCCAGUGCUCUGCAGAGUGUGGAGAUGGAGCUAGGCAAACUAGUAGAUAUUCCCUGGUUAUACCAUAUACUGCAGCCUAAUGAAGAUGAGGACCCCUCGUUAGAGUAUGGCAAGAGCAACAGUCGUAGCAGCAUGUUCAGAAUCGUGCCAAAGUUCAAGAAGGAGAAAGCUACCAAGAAGACCAACCCUCAGUCAGGAUCUGGGGAUAUCGAAAGUGGGUCAUAUGAAGAGAAUUCUCCAGGGAACUAA